UCUCAAUCUCUUCUUUUUACGAGGUACCUCCAAUCGAACACAUGCUAUGCUUCUCACAAAUGAUUCAAUGCUGAUUAUAUGAAAGAUAUAAUUCGAAUUACUCAACCAUGGAGUCCAACUCCCAGGACAUUAUCCUUGCGAGCGAUGCCUCGAAAAAGAGAAAACGUCCCACAGAUGCCUCACAUAUCCAAACGGCGCCAAAGGAGCCGCCGUCUCCCGAGUUUCUAUGUCAAGAUUGCGUCAGUCUGGAUCUUUCACAAGCUUUCUCAGUCGAGGAUGCUGGCGAUGAAUCCGCCUCUGUUCCCUGGGGAUACUUCAACAACUGGGUCGUUGAUGUUGGCCAUAGAUACCGAGUGACGAGAGCGACGAACUGUAACCUAUGCCAAAUGCUCAUUACUUCUCGGGUCGAUGAAGGAGAUCCUGAAUUGCAUAGUGACCGAUACUGGAUAAGAGCGGUGUCAUUUAUGAAAAUGUCUGGUUUAGUUGAGGUUGGGUGCGAACAGUGGAAACCAAGAGACUUUCCAUUUCUAAUGCUGUUUUCCAACAAAAACUACAGUCUGAAAAAGAAUCGCAAGAGAGUCAGGGCUCUUAUUCAACAAUCUGGCUAUGCAGCGCUCCGGCAGCUCAACCAGCAACAGGCAGUACCUCUAUCACUGAAGGUAAUACCUCCAGUAUUCGAGUUGGCCAAAUUUCAAAAUUGGUUCGGUUAUUGCAACAAAAACCAUAGGCUACUCUGUCGCUCUCCAAAGUCACAUUUGUGUGGCACUCGCGUUAUUGAUUGCCAGGAGCAAUCUAUUACGGAACAUAAGCCCGGUAUGCCGUAUGUCGCUUUGAGUUACGUUUGGGGACAGCCCCAGGCGCAAAAAGCGGUAAAUGAUGGAAAGCGACUGCCUACUCAGCUCUCAUUACUUAUCCGAGAUGCUAUGGCAGUAACUCAGGCAAUGGGAUUCCGGUACCUAUGGGUCGACCGAUACUGCAUGAUCAAGACAAUCCAACAGCCAAGCAUGAGCAAAUUCGGCAAAUGGAUGCAAUAUACAGCAACGCCGAGGUAACUAUAAUCGCUGCAGUAGGUCAAGAUGAGAACUACGGUCUACCAGGAGUAGGAAAAAAUCGCCCAAAAACCCGGAUGGAGGCCCAUAUCGGCGAUGUCGCAGUGGUAUGGGCACCGAAGGACCCUCAAGCAAUAAUCAAAUCGUCCAAAUGGUCCACUCGAGGAUGGACUUUUCAGGAAGCGCUCCUCAGCCGUCGCCGCCUUGUUUUCACGGAACAGCAGGCUUAUUUUGAGUGCAAUGCAAUGAAUAUCUACGAGAGCCUCGACAUCCCACUCGAUAGUUUGCACAUCAAAGACAGAAGCAAAAGCUACGAGUACCUGCGACGUGGAGUUUUCGGCGGAAAUCGUAAAGCGGAAUUCGGCAGGCUUAUUCUCGAAAACCAGGGACCCAAUGAGGUUUUUGGUCGAUAUUUAUCGAAUGUAGAAGAGUAUUCCGCC